UCACUCUCUCUCCAGAUUGACAGUUAGCUGCGCGCGUGCCUCCUCCUCCACCUCCUCAGAUAACUUUACGGAGCCACACCAACGCUGGAUUUUUUUUUUUUUUAAUCCAUCGCUUCCGGAUAAUAAUCUCAGCGUCGUGAAAGCUUUCCGCUCUCUGGAGGUAAUACCUGAGGAAAUGAGAAUUUAGGAGGGUGCCCUAACGCGACGUGAAAAGGCCAGAGUAAAGGGGGUUGAAGUGUUGUGUUCAUGGCUGCUGGGGAUGGGGCGCAGCUGCCGGCGACACUAGCGGCCAGCAGGAGCGUGGAGAAGGCGCUGGAGGAGGCGGCGGCCAGCGGAGCGCUCGUGCUUUCCAACCGCAAACUCAAGGAGUUUCCGCGUACAGCUCGGAAUUACGACUUAUCCGACAUUACACAUGCAGACCUGUCGAAGAACCGGCUGUGUGAGGUGCCAGAGGAUUUGUGCCAGUUCAUCUCUCUGGAGACACUCAGCAUCUAUCACAACUGUGUGCGCUCAGUCCCCUCCACCCUCUGCCAGCUACAGGCUCUCACCUACCUCAACCUCAGUCGAAACCAGCUGUCCAGUUUGCCCAUGUCCGUAUGUGAGCUCCCACUGUUGCGAGUGCUCAACAUCAGCAACAACAAGCUACCAGUCCUUCCUGCUUCCAUACACAGACUUACAAAUCUCCGGCAACUGGAUGUGAGCUGUAAUGAGCUGCAGUGUUUGCCGGUGGAACUGGGUCAGCUGGAGGGUUUACGGGAUCUGAACUUGAGAAGAAAUCAGCUGACGACACUGCCAGAGGAACUGGCGGAGUUGCCAUUGGUCCGUCUGGAUGUCUCCUGCAACAGAAUCUCCCACGUUCCCGUGUGCUAUCGACACUUACGGCAUCUUCAGCUCAUCUCACUGGAUAACAACCCUCUGCAGAUGCCCCCAGCGCAAAUCUGCUCCAAAGGGAAGUUCCACAUUUUCAAAUAUCUAAACAUGGAGGCAUGCAAAAGGAGCCAGGACCAGCUGGAGAGAGCUCUGCGGCCCAGUGGCUUCAGCAGCUGUCUUUCAGAUCAGGAGCUGUUCCUUGGUCAGUAUGGAGGUCUGGACUCUGGCUUCAACAGUGUAGACAGUGGCAGCAAGAGAUGGUCUGGAAAUGAGUCGGCUGACGAUUUUUCAGACAGAUCUUUGCGAUUGACGGAAAUUUCCCGUGAGCUCCACAGGGAAGAAGACGAGAGGAGCACGUUGCUGCAUACACCCAAAGUGAAUGGAGAGGUAGAGCAGGUGGAUUUCAUCGACAGCAGUUUAACAGAAGAGGAUGAGGAAAGCUGCAAACCAGACACUCCCAGACCUCCAAAGUCAUCACUCGCACAGGAGAAGACUGAAAGCAGGUCCACGCCCUCACAGAGCCCUGAUUCUGUUGGAAGCAGGAGGAGUGUUGGCAGUGACUCGGGCGAUGCGGGCUCUCCAUCCAGUCCCACACUGGAGGAGAAGAAGAGGCCUGGCACGCUGCAGCUCUGGCAGGAGAGGGAGCGUGCACAGCAGCAACAACGAGAGCGUUUUCAGAAGACAGUAGUGAAAACAGGAAGUCAGUCAGCAACAACAGGCAAACAGGCAGGAACAGGAAGCGUCUCGUGUGGCGACUCUACAGAGAGCAGUGCUACUGUUAAUGGGCUCCGCCAAAGAUCAGUGACUAUGGAUCAGAUUCCUCCAGUAUCCCUGCAGCGCUCAACAAGCCGCACAGAUGUGCCCUGUUCUGCUAAGCCAUGUUCUCCGACUGGCGCCGCUGCCAAACCCAACAGCUUCCUCUUCCGUGCCUCUUCACGCUGCAACGUCAAGACUUCAGGAUCACUGCAGUCUCUGGCUGAGUCAGGUCGCAGCGAGUCUCGAUCCACGCUCAAAUCACCACGAGAGGAGAGAGCAGAAAUCUCCCAGUUACGUAAGUCCCUGGAGUCUUCUCUGAAGAUCACCCUCCCAGACGAUCUCGGUGAAUCCUUGUCCAACGGCAUCACCCUCUGCCAGCUAGCCAAUCACGUACGCCCUCGGUCGGUGUCAAUCAUCCACAUCCCCUCCCCUGCUGUGCCAAAACUGAGCGCCGCUAAGUGCCGUCUCAACGUCGAAAACUUCCUCGCUGCCUGCCGAAAACUGGGCGUUCCUGAGACGGAGGUGUGUCUAGCGUCUGAUAUCCUCUGCAGUAAGCUGCGUGCAGUGCAGCGCUGUGUGGAUUCUCUCUUGUCGAUAGGAGGUGGAGAGGAGUUGAAGGAGGAGAUGAAAGCACACACUCCCCCUCUCUCUCCCUUCUCCCUCGUGCCCACCGGCUUCUUGCUCUUCUACUGCCUCGUCAUGGGCCUGCUCUACCUGCUCUACCACCACCUUACUGCAUAAAGCGCAUACGUGUGUGUGUGUGUGUUUACAUGAGAGCAUGUGUCUGAUCUAAUCAGUGUGUGUGCUUCCACGUAAUUAAUAAGGCUUCGCAGCAGUGCACUUCCACGCUAUGGCGCUCGAGGCAUACGCUACCUAGACGGAGAUAAGCGCCAUGAGUAGAGCUAGCCGCACUGCCACCCAGACAGCCUGCCAACUGCACGCAUACACACGCAUACACCACGUAGUUCUGUUACAUACUGUAAGCUGCAGUGAAUAGAUGCGGAACCAACACAGAGGUUGUUUUUAUGCUGUAUCUGUCUUAAGCAGAAAUGUAUAUAAAAAUGCUUAAUACUGUUUAAGUUUAUGGACAGAGAGACUUUGUGGGAUUGCAGUUUUUUUUUGUUUUUUUUUAACUCUGAAUGACAAAAGCAUUUUAUAUAUAAGCUUCCCAGACAAAAAAAAAAAAAAAAGCCUCAUCUGUCAUUUUUUCUCCCUAAUACUUGGCUACGCCUUGCUUCACCUUCAAAACAGCACCAAUCCGGUUAGGUGUGGAAACCAGCAGAACCUUCUGUCAGUGUUAGACCACCUGCACUUACUGGGUGCAACCCUGCAUAGACUUCUUUAAUAUUUCACCUGCUGUUUUAAAGAGUGCCACAAGAUUUUUUUCUGCAUGCUUUUUCCGAGACACAUAAAGUCAGUCGCUGUAUCUUUUAGAACCGUUGCUCAUGCUAUAUCACAGUGCAGCCGAACACAUCAGAGGAAAGAGCUUCCUGCACUCUUCCCAUUGUCGCUCUGAGUGACAGGCUAGAGAGUAACACCAUCACUCCCACCUAGACAUCACAGCCAGUUUUGCUUUCUAGGACUCAUGGCUGUGGUAUCACUGAGAUUUGAAUUUUUAAUCUUCCCUUUCUGUUGCAUCCCUAGUGAGCCAAAUGGCACAAAAAUUCUGUGCAGAGAUCCCUACAUCUAGCUGUAAUUCAGACAAAAUUCAAAUUCUCUAUAAGGAAAGGACAUUUUUAAUUCACAUCGACUUCAUCUAAGCGAACGGAAAGGGCAGGCAAGGUCAGUAAUGAAACUUUAUUGCUUACAUGCUGUCAUCACGAACACAUCCUGACCCGUGCUAGGAUCUUUUGUGGAAAAUUCCGAUAUUUUUCUCUCUGCUUGCUAAGAUUUUCUUGUUAGCAGUGUUGGCUCCUCUGUCUAAGGGAUUGAGGUGAUUUUGCAGGCGAGUGUCCGAAUGCGCUAUCACGCUUGUUGAUUUGUUCCUGUGAGUGUCAGGCUUGUGUUCUGCUUGAACCUGAAGCACCAAACCUUCAGAAUCUGGCCGGCGAACUGACCAUGAUUUAAAGAUGAGUUAUCUCUCGUCUUUGUGCUGCUAUUGAUGGUUGAGGUUUUUUUAUUUUUUUUAUUUUAUUUGUCUGGGGAGCUUAUUAAAACCCUUAAAACUAUGCUUACCAUCACAGCCAGACGAUCUUAAUCAGAAUGAGUCUGUUUUAAAAGUGGUAUUUACCUGUUGAUUUGUAGCCACUUCCCAAAGGGCUUUGCCACCGCUUUGCCUUAGCUUACACACGGAAUUGAGCUUUGAGGAUUGGUUUAGUGUUUGUAUGUGUCCCUGGGGAAGAGAGUGUUUUAUACCAGUUUAUUUAGCCACCGGCACAAAAUGUAAAAUCCGCUCACAUCUUGUUCAAAGGGCUUUAAAUUUUUAACCACUUUGUCUCAGUGCUUGCAAAUGUAAGUGCCUGCAAUGUCUAACCGAAGCUACUGUUACAAACUGUCCAUUCCAGUCUCUCUGACCCACUGCAUGCGUGUCAUUUAACACAUUAGAACGGUGUGUCUGAAUGCAUAUCAAAGCCACUGUUCCCAUUUGUUCAGAGAUAUUCAAUCCGGAUAUUUCUUUCAAAUAUGGAAGUUCGAGAGACUGGAAUGAAAUGUUUGUUGAUCGUUUCUCCGUUUCGUUCUGUUGACUGUGACCACCAGGGGGCAGUAGUGUUGCACAACUGCACUCAAAUCUAUACGUCUUAUGGUACCGAAGUAAUGUUUCUGAGUUCUGAUAAUGUCUCAGAGCCCUGAUGUUGUAUGUAUGUAUGUAUGUAUGUAUGUAUGUGUACUGUUUUAGUUGCUUGCUAUGUAAAAUUAAGUUAUUGUUUAUUUAUUCAUGCAUUCCUGUGUCAAGCAGAAGUAUUGGGGAAACACGGCCUCACUGAACAAUCAUUCUUAAAUACACAGGUUGUGUACUGGUCUGGAAAUACUGAGCCUCAUGACAAAUGCAAGAACAUUUUCUACGUCAGUUAAUAUCAACUCCUAUCAUUUGUGUGUGUGUACAUAUAUAAUAAACACACACAAACAAAAACAGAGAAUGCUAAUGAAUGCUGUAAAUUCUUCCCAGUGGAACAACAUCCCAUUAAAACCUUCUUAAGCUUCUUUUUAAAUGCCUCAGUAAUGUUGGUUUUAGGCCCAUGAGUACCCAUGUUUCCUCAGUACUGUCUGCUGCUGUUGCUUUUGUGUUCCCUGCAUACUUAAUGUGAUUUAGCAGCUUUGCAGACAGUUGACUAAUGAGCAGACGCUCAUCUGGAGAGAGUGAUAAGGGCACAUGGGAGAGAAUGGAGUGAAAGAGAAGGAGGAGAGGAGAAGCACAAGGGUGGGCUGAUAGGAUAGAAAAUGUAAGGGGAGAAAAAAUAAAUAAAGUAUGUUUAGCAAAUGGGUUAAUUUUCACUUAUCCAAUUUGUCGAAAAAUCCCUUUUAACAUCUUAAAAUAUUUAAAAUGAGCUCCCCCCCCCUCAGACCUACUACAUGCACGGAUAUGUGAAAUAUCUUCUCAAGAUUCCCCAAAACUAAAAUCAUAGUUUUAUUUUUUUUGUAUCACAUUUUCAGUCCACACAAAUGAAAUUGCCUGAAGGGCUCGCUUUAACCGAAAGCCAUGUUGCUUAUUCAGAGCAGGGAUGUUGAAGAACUACCCACAAAUGCUGCCCUCUUCGUUUUUUUUUUUUUGUUUGUUUGUUUGUUUCCAACUGCUUUCAAUGUUUGUUGGAGCAAAGAUCCGCAAUAAUGUUUCAACCAAAAUGUCUCUUAAGGGUGAAGCGAGUUAUGAAAGCACCAAACUCACUGGAGUUGAAUUUUGAACUUUUAAAGAAAAUUGUUAUGAAGCAAGAUGUAUUUUGUAAUAUUUAUAUCCCUCAUGUAUUUAAGGAGGUCAACUGUAAGUUUAUAUAGAUUCAGAUUUUUUUAAAUUCAGAUUUUUUUUUUGUUUUGUUUUUGUUGCUGUAAUUAUUAAAAAAAAAAGACAAAAGGAUCUUAUCUGCUCUGCUUCCUUGUCUGUUUUCUCUUAUGUCUGUUUUGUUUUGUUUCUCAAGCCAAUCAUCUUCCCUUAGGUGUCUGUUGAUAGCUUUUAAGUCUCUUGCCAUUGUGUUUGCUUGCUGCUAAGGUAAGUGUGAAAUCUGUCUUACUGUGAGGCGAAGGAAAUAAGGGAUUGUGCAUGAGUGAGUUUGGAACAUGUUAUAGCAUCUUCAGCUUCUGAGGAUACACUGAUUGGGAAAACGGCACAGUUUUUUUUCUUUCUUGCUGCAAAAUAAAAAGAAUUGCAUGGCUGUUAAAGCGGAGUUGGGGAAGUCUACUUGUGGAAGUUUAAAUGGGAGAGUGUGAAGUAUUGGAUAGUGUGCAUGCUGGUACUGCUGCUUUCUGUGUCCUUUCUGCACAAAACCUGUGACCUGAUUAAAGUGUCUUUCAGUUCCAGUCCUGCACUACCGUGUCCUGUUGAGCUCUCCGGCUAUCCAUAAAGCACUGCCUGAACUCAAUCUGGUGUGUGAGAGCCGUAGGGAAGAAUGCUGAGAGGGGAUGGGGGUAGUGGGGAGGAGGGAAAAAAAAACCCCCUCCGACUAUGAAGUGUAGGUCUCUCAGGACUGGAGCUGAGAAACAAGAAUAUGAAAUACAAAUCCUUGUCAGUGUGGUGUCGUCUGCACUAAUCUGUAUGCGCAUGUUUAGUCUUGGUGUUUCAGGACAAGAUUUUUCCACAUGCCUAUUUCUAACCUCAUUGUCCUCCAAACCCCACCAGGACUCUCUGUGUCCAGCUCAGCUCAUCCUGGAAGACGAAGGACUCAGCCGUAUCGCUCACACCGUCCAGACUUUGCUGGAGCUGCCUCCAUCCGGACACCGGCGGUGUUCCCUUCAAACUCCUGCUCCAGACACCCACAGCUC